ACACAGCAAAUGACGACGUCGCCAGCGUCCAUGGUGGCUGCCAUGACCGCGACCGCGCGCCAGGCGAUGCACACGCUCGGCCUCGACACGGAAGACAUGUCGACGCCGGCGUCAACAGUCGGCGCCUUGGAUGCCGCCGUGCGCAACGCGAUGAAGGCAUGUGGCCUGUACGAGCGCACGCGAUCCGCCAGCAAGCGACCGUACCUCGCCGACAUGGCGCCGCCGCUGAGCCUCACGGGGUGCAUCGUCGCGGCCACGCUGGCUGCCGGCACGGUGGCCAUCGGCUACCACUUGACGGACGACGCCGAGAAGGCCAAGGUGGAUGUAUCGCCCAAGACCGUCGGCUUUUGGGCGUCGCGGGCAGCAAGCAUCGUGGCGGUCAAGCGCCUUCUCGAGCUCAGCGCGCUAAAGUGCCUUGGGCCGCGCAUCACAGACAAGCUUACCAAGGACAUUGGCGAGUCGGCGCUGCGCAAGGCCGCAUCGCUCGCCCACCCGGGCGCCCCCGCUGUGCGUAUCCUGUACACGGCGGCGGCAGGUGUCGUCUUGACGCACGUCGCGGUCUUUAGCGUGGACUUGGUCAUCGGCUUGGUGCAGUACUACGCGCGCGGCAACACCAUGGCGCCGCUCCCAAUGAUGCUGCGUGGCCUCAAGGAGAUGAUGAACGCCACCUACAACGCGAUGCUGAGCGCAUACCUUGGAACGAUUCUGCUUUCGCCUGGGCUUGGCACGGAUGCGAUGAUUCUCAUGUGGCGGCAACGCGACCCGACCACAGCGUUUCUCUACCUCUUGUGAGGUACCUUGUACUGCAUGCAACGAUCGAACCGG